UGGUGUGAACGCAGCAUUAGGGUGCUUUCACACUAACACUUUUGGUCCGCACCCUGGUUCAUUUGACGUCAUUUGAUGACUCGUGUCUUCUGAACUCUGGUGUGCACUCGUGAACCGUACCCGAGUCCGCCUGAAAGAGGUGGUCUGGGGUACGGUUAAUGCGACAGGGCUCAAAAUGCGACCGUUUUGGUCACAUAUGCGGCCAAAAUUUUAUCCAUGCGACUUCAAAAUAUAUUUUGGAGCAUUUGUGCGACUGCAACAAAUUGGUGCCGUGCGACCAGUUUUCAAUGCAAAAUGUUCACCGCACACGCAGAUUUAGGAGACAUUCACGCAGAAUGCGAACCGCAAAUCGACUGGGAUGUGCGGAAGUCUUUCCAUUUUGGCGCUUUGCUUUCGUGACUUUACACCUAGCAACAGCCAAAUAACCGAAGUGAACCACCAACUAUACAGCAAACUAUCGUUUUCAUAGCGUUCUUUCGUGUGUGUGUCACGUAUCGUACCUUGGUGACAAGCGGAACUGAGCCAGGGCAAACACAGUGAUCAUUUCUGCUCGUCUCCUCCAAAAACAGCUUCUGCAGAUGUUCUGUGUGAAUAUUUUUUGCGGCAGAUGGACGCGAGUCGCUUUCUGUAUGUCCAAAGCCAAAAGCUUCAGUAAAGGCAGAAUGACCGCGAUGUGUGGGCGUCUUUCCAUUUCGGCGCUUUGCUUUCGUGACCGUCACCUAGCAACAGCCGUAAGUAAAACAGCAGCUCGAUGACGCAAGCGUACCGGGGUUCAGAAGGAAAAAAGACAGUGUGAACACAAACCGACCGAAAAGUUGGCAAGGGAGGGGGACAAUCGAACUUGGGUACGGUCCAGGCAAAUUAACCAAGUGUGAAAGCACCCUAAGAGAAGCGCAUUACUAAUAAAAAUUUACUAUCAGUACUAUUAAAGUACAGUAGCGUAGUAGGCUUAAUAAAGCAUCUAGAGCACUGCACAGUUCAGUAACGAGGCAGAUUAAUUCACUGAUUCAAGUUUUAUUCAUGGAGAAAAUUAAAAGCACUGUCGUGUUUUUAGCGUUCUGUGUUUGUCUGAGAUAAUCAGUCAGCCAAAAUAAUAUUCCAUACAAAAUAUGUAGCUGAUCGUUCUGUUAUUGUCAUGUGACUCGCAUUCUUAAAAGCUGACAUGUUUUCAACUGCGCACGCCUGGAAUACGCAAACGCGUCGCACUGCUUGCGCCUUCAUUACGAAUAAUAAACCUGUGCGAUAUGAGAACAGCCGCCAUUAUUUGCGAUCUCCAGCAGUUGAUCUUUAGCACAGACAUGCUGGAUUCACCUGACUUGUUGAUAAAUGGGUUCAUUCGUUGGCAGUACUCAUUUUGCUAGCCUGUGGGUUAAAUUUUUGCGCUCAGGUGAUCGAGAUGUAACAAGAGAAUACGGUCAUUUUUCAAUAUAAAAAAUCGUUCAGACUAUAAUAAAUAAAACAGGAAUAAUUAAUGAUUUCUUGUGCGGCACGGAACCAAUUGAUCAACAGACCGGUGCCGGUCUGUAGCCUGGGGGCUGGGGACCACUACUCUAGCACGUAUAUGUUCCGCAAGCGCCUCGAGCCUCUUUCUCUGGUUCUCCGUCUAUUUGAUUGAUUUUUAGCAGCUGAUGACGCGAUACACUAAAGUAAACAUUCCAAGCACAUCGCUUUGAUCGUAGGCUGUAAAGAACAGCCAGUGCAGAUCACAUCUGUGUCAUCGUACGCAUCAAAUGAUUAAAACUGUAUUCUUUUUUUUCUUUUAUUACUCCGCGUACCACUAGAAGUAAGCCCGCGUAUUACUAGUGGUACACGUACCACAGUUUGAGAACCACUGUAUUAAACAAUUUACAAAUUAUGUAUAUAAUUUAUACUGUAUAUGAAUUAUUACAACUAUUUAUUCCCUCAGCAGUGCACUGAGUAGUGAACUAGAGAGCAGAUUGAGACGCAGAUUGAGUGUGUAUUUCUUUUAUUUCUGUACAUUGUUCUCAUUUUAUACAGGACAAAGUGUCCAAACACAGAGGAAAACUCCUGCUGAAGCGACUGAUCUCCACACUGUUAUAAAGAUGGCGUUUAUUAAAGAGGAGAGUGAAGACCUGAAGAUUGAAGACACAUUUGUGGUCAAACAUGAAGAUCCUCAGGAACAAACAGAGCUGAUGGUGAUGAAAGAAGAGACUCAAGACCGGAAUGAAACCCAACAGAAAUGUCAGUAUGACAAACACCAAGAUUCAACGCUUGAUGAGAAAUCCCUAAAGAAGAAGUGCGAGAGAAUUCCCACUGGAGAGAGGAUGUAUACCUGCCCACAGUGUGAAAAAAGUUUCCGCGAAAGACAAGCACUUGAAAUCCACAUCAGGAUUCACACGGGAGAGAAGCCCUUCUCGUGUGAUCACUGCGGAAGGAGAUUCAGCCAAAAGCCAAACCUCAAAGCCCACAUGAGCAUUCACACUGCAGAGAAGCCCUACUCGUGUUCUGAGUGCGGAAAGAGUUUCCGUGCCAAAAAACAACUUGAAGGACACACGAGAGUUCACACCGGAGAGAAACCAUUCGCAUGCCAACAAUGUGGGAAGCGGUUCGCUUAUCAAGCAGCCUUCAGAACACACACGAGAACUCACACCGGGGAGAAGCCUUUCACCUGCGAACAGUGUGGAAAGAGCUUCACUCAUUCAGAAUACAUGAAAGCCCACAUGAGAGUUCACACCGGGGAGAAACCUUACACUUGUUCUCAAUGUGGGAAGACUUUUGCUCACAGGACCAACCUUUAUGUCCACAGGAGAACUCACACCGGAGAGAAGCCUUUCACUUGCACACAGUGCGGCAAGAACUAUACCUGUAAAAACUCUCUUAAUUGCCACAUGAGGACUCACACUGGAGAGAAGCUGUUUAAGUGUGAACAGUGCGGAAAGAGCUUCACUCAUUCGGAAUACAUGAAAGCCCACAUGAGGAUUCACACCGGAGAGAAACCGUACAGUUGUCCGCAGUGUGGAAAACGUUUUGCUCAUAUUAGCAACUUUAAUUGCCACAUGAGAACUCACUCUGGUGAAAAGCCGUUCACAUGUGAUCAGUGUGGAAAGAGUUUCGGUAAUAAAAAUACCUUCAAGUCUCACAUGAAGCUCCACACUGGAGAACAGAGGUGAGUGUCCAAACACUUUGCUCAAGUACUCGGACUUUGAGAAGUAAUUACUGAAGUACUUUUAGAUCACAUCUGUUUGGAAUACUUGAUUAGGGUCCAAUUCCAGUUCUAUUUUCGUUCCCCUUGGCCCUUGAAACAGAGUUUGAAGGGCAAGGUCUUCAAAUUUACCCCUAAGGAAUGAGACAGCACUACAGCACCUGCACACGUCAUCAUAGGUCAUCAGAAUCUCUUGGAAGUCACUGAAGGCAACAAUAUCCUGUUUAGAGCUGCAACUAACGAUUAUUUUAAUAAUCGGUUAACCUGACGAUUCUUUUUCCGAUUAAUCGAUGAAUCAGAUUUUUUUUUGCGUUCCAGGUGCUGGAUCAUUGCCGUGGUGCUCCCGUCAUCACUUUUGCAUACUUGGCCGAUAACACACUUUUGUUUAUUUGGUGUAAAAUGCUCCUACACCUUGGAUGACUGGGGUCGCACAGAUUUCUCUGCCUUCGCCAUGUACAGUAUCUUUCCUCUAACGUAACCUCCGCUCGUUUUUUUUUUUUUGCUCCAUCCUGUCUAUGAGGCACUGAACUCUGGUGGCACGAGAGAGACAGAGUGCGUUCACUCUGCUCCGUGCUCAACUAAAGUUUUUCUAAUAAUCAAAUGUCUACGCGUCAUGCAACAUGACGAAUCGAUUAUGAAAUUCGUUGCCAAAGCUUUUAGUAGUUGAUUUAAUUGAUUCGUUGUUGCAGCCCUAAUCAUGUUAUCAUAACGAUAUAAUGUGGCAAUAAGAUCGUAACUGUAUGAUAGUAACUAUGAAAACACAAGACAACAGAAUUAACGUUAUUCCAGACACUGUAAAAAGCUCAUUCGUAGCCACUAGAUCAUGGGUGGCCAAACCUGUUCCUGGAGAUCCACCUUUCUGCAGAUUUCAGUCGCAACCCAUAUUAAACACACCUGCCUGUAAUUACUACGUGGUGUUCAGGUCCUUAUUAAUUGGUUCAGGUGUGUUUGAUAUGGGUAGCAACUGAAAUCUGCAGGAAGGUGGCUCUCCAGGAACAGGGUUGGCCACCCCUGCAAUAGACUAUUCUGACCGGGAAUUCGACUGUCAUCGAGUGACAGAUGUGAAAGUAUGUUGUGGGACGACUAUACAGGAGUUACUAUUAUGCAUACCUGCCGGGAGACCGGGGGGGGGGGCAUGUGUUUGCCAAAAUACAGAACAGUGGGGCAGGGGGGAGGAUAUGGCUGUAUCCUGUACUGUUCAGAGAGUUUACAGAGGCUCAAAAAAUGGAGGGGGCGGGUAGGUUAGGAGGAUGUGUCUAUGCAAAGCAGAGCGACCUGAAAGAGGUGCCCCAGUCUGUCCUGCACACUGGGUAACAGCCGCUGUCAUUGGAAUAUUCAUCGAUCCAGGAGUGAUUUUGUACCAAAAAGCUGAGGAACAGGUGAAGGGUGAAAUUUCGGGAGUUUUCCGGGAAAAAUGACAAAAUGGUAGAUGGGUCUGAUAUACGGGAGAAAAGGGGGUGUUGGCAGGUAUGUAUUAUGGACUAUAGUAGGCGAAAUUUAGCCGGGUUUUUUUUUUUUAAAGCAUGACGGUAAAACACGAACGCUGUUAUGAUUGUAUUGAAAGAUAUGAUUGUUUGUUGUAAAAAUUCGUUAUAAUGACAAAAAUGACUGCAUCUUCUGACUCCGUUGCCGUUGUAGCUGGUGUAUUCUGGGAAAUUUUCGAGUGUGGUCCUGAAAAAUCUAUUUCAAAGGCUAUCUAGCCCUUCCCCUUAAUCCUGGUUUUUAUUCGAUGCGUCCACUAGCUCGCUUGAGUGUGCGCGGUGAAUGUGACAUCAUCGCGGUGUUUGCAGAGGUUUGAUUUGGGUGCUCGCGACAUGAUUUCGGCUGACGGAGCGCAUCCAAUUUUUUGAGACUCGAGCGAACAGUUCGCUCGGUGCCGUGUUUCAUUUGAGUUGAAUAAUGAAUCAUUUUGAAGAGAUUUUAUCUGAAACAGGUACGAUCAUAGUGAAUACCAGAUGAACGAUAAUUAUUGGCUAAAAAAUGCAACAGCCGUGGGAAAGGAGAAAAGUUUUUGGAAAAACCUGAGGGAUACGUUUGUUAAAGCCAAAAUAGAUCAUUUAAUUAUAGAAAUAUGAUUUUUCACCAUUCGUUAUGAAAUUUGAAAAAUAAUUUAAAGGGCACCUAUGGUGAAAAAUCUACUUUUCAAGCUAUUUGGACAAACAUGUGUAUAUAUAGUGUAUAGACCAUCAUAUUGGGGUGAUAUAAACACACCCAGUCCUUUUUUUUUCAUAAAAACGGUGGACCAGACUCUGGUUUUCAGAGCGACUGCAACUUUACGUAGAAGUGCAGUCCCCCCGCCCACCGAAUUGAUUGACAGCUGCGCGCAUUAAAAUGUUCCUGUAGUCGUGUGUAUAUGUCAACAAGACCAGACAGACAUACGCAAAGCAACCGGGAAUA